AAUUGAUUUUGUUUUUGAAUGACUUUUCUUCUAAGUGAGAGAAGCAUUCAUCCAGUCGGGUCUUUUGUGAUGGACCCAGUUGAGCAAUGGGCACCCCGUUAUCUGCUCGCGAAUACAGUUCCUGUCAACUGUAGCUGCUUUCCAUAAGCACAAAUAUUGUGAGUCAGUAUACUGCAAAAUUAUUUGGAAAGAUAUAGCUACUGAAUGCUGAUAGAGCCUUACCUGGAAACUAUUGCUUUUGCAUAAUUGUUAGAAUUCCAAAUCAGAGUUUGAUUUUUUAGGUUUAUCAAUCAUUGGAACCUGAAAAUGUCACUUCUUAUCCCUUCAUCCGCUGCAGUCCCUUUACAAUUUUCUCAAUGGAAGACUUGUAAUGUAAACUCCAAGCAUAAAAUUGCAUAUAUUUCCUUCACCCCUUUUUGGAAUAGACCAGUUUCAAAUAGUAAAACCAGAUAUUUAUAUACAAACCGUAGAAUUGAACCAAAUGUGCUGCAUAAGUAUACUGCUAAAUGCAAGGGACUUGAUGAUUUUGAGUCAUUUAUUGAUGAGUCCAUGGAUUGGGAUGACGAUGAUGAUGAUGAAGUUGAAUCUACUGGGUCCCCAUGGGAAGGUGCUGUUAUAUAUAAGAGAAACGCAUCAAUUUCACAUGUGGAAUACUGCACUACCUUGGAGAGUUUAGGUCUAGGAAAUCUUUCCACAGAUUUAUCGAAAAAUAGGGCUUCUGUCAUGGGAUUGCGGGUCACAAAAGCCGUGAAGGACUAUCCUAAUGGAACUCCUGUUCAGAUCUCAAUAGAUGUGGUCAGGAAGAAGAAAAAAUUGAGGCUUGAGGGGAUCAUAAAAACUGUCAUUGGUCUUCUUUGCAGUAGGUGUGGUAUGCCAUCUGCUGAGAGUGUAUUUUCCGAGUUCUCUCUUUUACUCACCGAAGAACCCAUUGAAGAACCAGAGACUAUUGAUCUGGGUGUUAUUUAUGGGGAAGACAUAUAUACAGCCUUUGGAAACAGUGGUGAGGGCAACGGGGAUGACGAUGAGGACAAUGAUGCACUAAUCGAUUUGGACGAUAGGCUGCAUUUUCCCCUGGAAGACAAAGAAAUUGACAUUUCAAAGAACAUAAGAGACAGGGUGCAUCUUGAGAUUACCAUGAAUUCAGUUUGUGAUCCUUGGUGCAAAGGCAUUUGCAUGAAAUGUGGCCAAAACUUCAACACCGACAGUUGUAAUUGUAACCAGGAGGAAGUGAAAGAUAAAAAAGGCUUUGGCCCUCUUGGAAAUUUAAAAGAGCAGAUGCAUUUGUAACAUAUAUACAAGUUCUUAGGAUUUGCUCAUUAGGCUGAACCAUGAUGCCUAUUUUUAUGUACUCUCAGUUUUUGUAUAUAGUUAACCUUUACGAUAAAUUUUAUCAUUUUGGGGAUCCAAAAUUUAUUUGGUCUUUGCUAAGUA